UAACCUUACCUAACUUGCACAAAUUCAUUUUAAACUUGAACUAAUCUAUGUCACUGAUUUGAUUUCAUAGUUUGGGUGUUUUAGUAGUUAAUUAACAACAAUGAAAACUAUUGUUGGUAAAGUGGUUGUUUUGGGCCAUCAAGGCGUGGGGAAAACCAGUACAGUUAUUCGAUAUGUGGAAAAUUCCUUCAGUCACCACAUCACCCCAACCGUAGGGGCUUCAUUCUUCAGCUGUAAACUUCUUAUUGAUGAUAUCACAGUAAAACUUCAAAUAUGGGACACCGCAGGUCAAGAACGAUUCAAAGCAAUGGCUCCUAUGUUCUAUCGCAACGCCAAUGCCGCUUUAAUAGUAUUUGAUAUUACUUUAAGACAAAGUUUUGAAAGCAUGCAAGGAUGGGUAUUUGAACUUAAAAAGAAUGUCGACAAUCCAAUCGCCUUAUGUGUUGUGGGAAACAAAAGUGAUUUAGCCAAAAAUAGAGAAGUAAGUAGGGAUGAAGCAAUACAAUAUGCUAAAAGUAUAGGUGCUACUUACCAUGAAUGUUCUGCCAUGCAUGACCAGGGGGUAGGUUUAGUGUUUGACGAUGUUGCUCGAGGCUUGAUUAGACUGCUUGGAAAUAGUUGUGACCAUAAUUUGAAAGUGUAUGACAGUGAAAAUAUUGAUAAUAUAAUGGCAAAUUCAAGCGAACUUGAAGCUACUGAUACCGGAAAAGAGGAAACGGUUAAUUUGAGUAUUAAUAGCAUAGCCCAUGGAAAUACAGUUAAAAAGUGCUGCUAAAACAAUACCGUAUAUAUUGUUUAACUGCCAUAUCCUAAAUUUGUGAUUGUUUUUUUACGUAAAAGUAAUAAUAUGGGCAAUAUGUCUUAAGCUUAUGACAAUUAAUAAAUUAACGUUUGUGAUAUACAAGAAGACGUAACAAACUUACGUAUUCUGUUUUAUAGACUGGAAUUUCAUAAUUUUUUUUAUACGUCUAUUAGGCGUUGCAAGUAUUAACCGUGUUUAUCAUAAUUCAUAAUCAUAACAUUAUGACAGAAUUUAUAUUAUAUUUUUAUUGUUCUAGUAAUUGUAUUUGUUAAAUAAUAAUUAAAACACAUAUUUUGUUACCACCAUCUUAGAUUUUAUAUUUUUUCCAUUAAUGUACUAUUUUGUUUAAUAAAAGUGUUAUACAAUU